CAGAGCGGUGCGAAUCGACCCGCGCGGGGCUCCCCGGGCUGCGUGCGCCCCGCCACUGCCCAAACGCAGGGCUGGGCUCCGGCUGCGCGCCACGCCCCCGGGCUUCGCACGGCGCGCGAGCCCCUUGGAGGGUGUCUGUGAACGGGGAGCCAAGCGGCUCGAGGCUCCUGCCCGGGAUGCGGCGGCAGCUGCUUCCUGGUUUGAAGCUCGCCGAGUGGGGGAGAGCGUGAGCCCGCGGAGGCGGGGGCAGGAGCCCGAGCCGGAGCAGGCGGAGGCGGGGGCAGGAGACGCUGGAGGCUCGAGCUAACCGGACGGGUCGCUCCGGCUCUCCCGGGAGAGGCGCUUCCUGGCCCUGAAGAAGGGGCGAGUCCCGUGCGAGCCCCCGGGAGGCGCCGCGCGCUCGAGAGGGACGGUCGGGCGACCCCGGCCCGCUGAGGGCUCGGCGCCCGGCUCCCCUCCUUUCCACCUCGCGAGGGAGGGAGGGAGGGAAGGAGGGGAGGGAAGGUCCGGCGGAGGAGGCACAAUGGCCUGUCGAGGGGAGCUUGGGUGCUGCUUUUCCCGGGAGCUGCCUCCACUCCAGCGGCCGCCGCGCGGGCUGGCCUGAGCGAGGGCUCCCCGCUCUCCGGCUGCGAGACCGCGCGGUCCCUGGGGCGGGACAGCGGCGUCGGCAUGUCGUCCGGCACCAUGAAGUUCAAUGGCUACUUGAGGGUCCGCAUUGGCGAGGCCGUGGGGCUGCAGCCCACCCGCUGGUCCCUGCGCCACUCGCUCUUCAAGAAGGGCUAUCAGCUGCUGGACCCCUACCUGACGGUGAGCGUGGACCAGGUCCGCGUGGGCCAAACUAGCACCAAGCAGAAGACCAACAAGCCCACGUACAAUGAGGAGUUCUGCGCCAACGUCACCGACGGUGGCCACCUGGAGCUGGCCGUCUUCCACGAGACGCCCCUGGGCUACGACCACUUUGUGGCCAACUGCACCCUGCAAUUCCAGGAGCUGCUGCGCACGGCCGGCACCUCGGACACCUUCGAGGGCUGGGUGGAUCUGGAGCCAGAAGGGAAAGUGUUUGUCGUAAUAACUCUAACAGGGAGUUUCACUGAAGCUACUCUCCAGAGAGACCGAAUCUUCAAACAUUUUACCAGGAAGCGCCAAAGGGCUAUGCGAAGGCGAGUCCACCAGAUCAACGGACACAAGUUCAUGGCCACAUACCUGAGGCAGCCCACCUACUGCUCUCACUGCAGGGAGUUUAUCUGGGGUGUAUUUGGAAAACAGGGUUAUCAAUGCCAAGUGUGCACCUGUGUUGUCCACAAGCGCUGCCAUCAUCUGAUUGUUACAGCCUGCACUUGCCAAAACAAUAUUAACAAAGUGGAUUCAAAGACUGCUGAGCAGAGGUUUGGAAUCAACAUCCCACACAAGUUCAGCGUCCACAACUAUAAGGUGCCAACGUUCUGCGACCACUGUGGCUCCCUGCUCUGGGGCAUAAUGCGACAAGGACUUCAGUGUAAAAUAUGUAAAAUGAAUGUACACAUUCGAUGUCAAGCGAACGUGGCCCCAAACUGCGGGGUAAACGCGGUGGAGCUGGCCAAGACUCUGGCAGGAAUGGGCCUCCAACCCGGAAAUAUUUCUCCAACCUCGAAGCUUGUUUCUAGAUCAACCCUAAGACGACAGGGAAAGGAGAGCACCAAAGAAGGAAAUGGCAUUGGGGUAAAUUCCUCCAACCGACUUGGGAUCGACAACUUUGAGUUCAUCCGAGUGUUGGGGAAGGGCAGCUUUGGGAAGGUGAUGCUUGCAAGAAUCAAAGAAACAGGAGACCUCUAUGCUGUGAAGGUGCUGAAGAAGGACGUGAUCCUGCAGGACGAUGAUGUGGAGUGCACCAUGACUGAGAAAAGGAUCCUGUCCCUGGCCCGCAAUCACCCCUUCCUCACCCAGCUGUUCUGCUGCUUUCAGACCCCUGAUCGUCUGUUUUUUGUGAUGGAGUUUGUGAAUGGGGGCGACUUGAUGUUUCACAUUCAGAAGUCACGGCGUUUUGAUGAAGCACGGGCUCGUUUCUAUGCUGCAGAGAUCAUUUCAGCGCUUAUGUUCCUACAUGACAAAGGAAUCAUCUAUAGAGAUCUGAAACUGGACAACGUACUGUUGGACCACGAGGGCCACUGCAAACUGGCAGAUUUCGGGAUGUGCAAGGAGGGGAUCUGCAACGGGGUUACCACCGCCACCUUCUGCGGCACGCCUGACUACAUUGCUCCGGAGAUCCUCCAGGAGAUGCUCUACGGGCCCGCGGUGGACUGGUGGGCUAUGGGCGUGCUGCUCUAUGAGAUGCUGUGUGGCCACGCGCCCUUCGAGGCAGAGAACGAAGAUGACCUCUUUGAGGCCAUACUGAAUGAUGAAGUGGUCUACCCUACAUGGCUGCAUGAAGAUGCCACAGGGAUCCUGAAAUCUUUCAUGACCAAGAACCCCACCAUGCGCUUGGGCAGCCCAAGUCAAGGCGGUGAGCAUGCCAUUUUGAGACACCCUUUCUUUAAGGAAAUCGACUGGACCCAGCUGAACCAUCGCCAAGUAGAACCACCUUUCCGACCCAGAAUCAAAUCCCGAGAAGACGUCAGUAAUUUUGACCCUGACUUCAUAAAGGAAGAACCGGUUUUAACUCCAAUUGAUGAGGGACAUCUUCCUAUGAUCAACCAGGAUGAGUUUAGAAACUUUUCCUUUGUCUCUCCAGAGUUGCAUCCAUAGCCUGUGGUGAAUGGGAGAGAUGGUAUGAGAAGCAAAAGGAGAGAUUUUUCCAGGAAUUUCCUCUGUGGGGAACUCCUCAGUGUCAACGUUAGAACAAGGCCCUUACCUUCAGGGAACAGGUGGAGAGCUCUGUGAAGGACGGAACAUCAAGAGAUCAACCACUUCAAGUUCUGAAGGAGCCAGGGUCCUAGAAAUAGUGGAUACCGAAAUGAGAUUUCAUGAAGAAACACACUGCUCAGCUCUGAAUUUCCAUGGCUACUUCAGGUUCAGGAUAUUAAUAGGAGCCAAAAGAAGAAAAGGUGUGAAGAAUAAACCAGGUCCUAGAACUUCCAAGUCACUCAGGCAUUCUUUCUUCAAGGGACAAACCUAGACUUUGUAUGGCCCAACUCCCAGCUCUUCUGUAAGCCAAUGAGCCCUGAAUACUGGCAGUCUGCAAGAAGUCUCUAAAUGCUCAUGAAGAACUUGAUGAGAAGGAAAGGGAUGGCUUUCCAAAUAGAAUGACUUACUCUGAACAAGAAAUAGUGUCCAUAAAGCUCAUAAAGCCCAAUCUUGACAACAGUUGGACAUCAAGGCAACUGCUGCAGCUUAUUCUUUUAUCUUUCCAUUCACUUCAUAGAUAUUUAUUGAGUGCCAAGUGAGACGGCGCUGCAGUACCCAGCAGUGUAAACAGAUUUGCUCUCACCAAGCUUUUAUCCUUAAGUUACCCGAAAGGUGUGUGCAUUCUGUGAAAUGCCUCUCCACGUUGCCUACGUCAUCCUUUGUCUGCACAUAACUUUUUUGAAGGCAGCUUGCUGCCUCAACAGCAACUAUCCAAAUACUUGGUGGGUUGACCAGCGGAUGAGCUCAGCAGCUUGCAGACUGGUGGCAUCUCAUCGUGGAGGCAAUGUGCCGAUAUUGCUCUGUUCUCAUCACUGGAGAACCGCUCUCCACUCGGGUCCAUGACCAGACUUAUGGCUUAUACCUUAGCAAGUUAUUUAAAUUAUAUUUUAAGAGACAAAGAUGUUUGUUAUGUGUUUUAAUAAUUAGAAAUGGCUCUUAUAAGCAGGACAUGUAUCAAAGAAGGACCUUAUCAUAUGUACCCAUGUAUGCAGUUGGAGAAUUUUAUCUGGCUGAAAUAAAUGCAUUUUGUAACAAAAGCGA